AUAUUUUUAUUAAGACGUCAGUUUCACCCUGAGAACUACACAAAAGUGAAGUAGAAGUAACCACACGAGCACACACACACAUUUAGGGCAAAUAAUAAGGUUACUACACUUCUGCAAAACUAUUCGUAGUCUCUUAAUGUGAAGUACCGAAAUAAUUAUCAACAAAUAAAGCGAAGUUGAAGGGAGAUGUUCUGUUCCAAGUUGUUUUGUGUUUUAUUCCUAGAGAAACUCUCUUGAUUGGAGCAUUGUUUCAACACCAUGCCCGUGAUUUGGACUCAAUGAGGUCACGUGCUCUGUUGUUGUAGUGUAACCUACAGAGAGCUGGCGAGGUGUUUGAAGAAUUAUUAAUGACCAGAGAUUCCAAUCAUGUCUUCUUCUUGGUGUACUUUAAUGGUCAUCUUGCUCCACACUCUGACUGGACGUACUGACCAGCAGCUGGAUACCACGCACCCAGUCAGACAGACGGUGUAUGGACACAUAAGAGGUUACGUAUACAAGCGCCCUAACGGGAGAGAGGUGGAGAGAUACCUAGGGGUGCCGUUCGCCGCCCCGCCAGUGGGUAAACUAAGAUUUCAGCGUCCAGUGGCGCCCUCAUCUUGGAAAGGUGUUCGGGACGCUACCAACCAGCCGUCUGCUUGCAUGCAGUCGUGGAUAGAUCUACAUUACAUUAGAGACCACAAUCCUGACUUUGAUGGCAGAAUGACAGAAGACUGUCUGCAUGUCAACAUUUAUGUUCCUGUCACAUCUAAGAGACAGGCAAACCUUGAGAAACCUUUUCCUGUGUUGGUUCACAUUCAUGGCGGCUCUAACGAGGCUGGUAUGGGUUCCAUGCUCCAUGGCGAUGUCUUGGCUAGUGAGGGGACAAUGAUUGUCGUCACACUGAACUAUAGACUGGGAGUCCUUGGUUUUCUCAGCGUACCUCACCUAAACAUCCCAGGUAACUAUGGACUCUAUGACCAGACUAUGGCCUUGACCUGGGUGCAAGAAAAUAUUGCAUUCUUUGGUGGAGAUCCUGUCAGGGUGACAGUUCAAGGCCACAGCGCCGGUGGUGCAGAUGUAGGAGUGCAUAUCUUGUCUCCCAUUUCUAAAGGUCUUUUCCAAUACGCCAUUCUAAUGAGUGGCUCACCAACAGCUUACUGGGCAGUCAUUCCGUCUACAGAUCCCAAAGAAGAGAGCGUAGGACCUAACAGCCAUCUCAAAACUUUAGGCUGCUAUUUUAAAGACGACGUCUUACAGACAUGGGCGUGUCUGGAGAAGAUCAACGCCUCUGAAAUAGUCAAUGAUUAUUAUGACCAUGGUUUUGCAUAUUACGACUUCUCUCCGGUUGUUGACGGAACUUUUCUUUUACGGGAUCCCAAACAAGGAAUAGCUGAUGCCGUGAAUGCAAAGUCUGUGAUGAUUGGUCUAGUCAAAGAUGAAGGCUCUCUAACUGUGGACAUAAUAAUGAAAAACGAGAAUGAAAAGGACACGACUGGCAGCUACAUGACCGAGGCUCAGUUCGUCAGAGACAGUCACAACCACGUCCAACCACCGGACUUCUUCAACUACUCCCUACUACGUCAAUUUUCAUCUCCACCUACGGAACCUUACAUAUCUUUUAGUUCAAUGGCAGAUUGGUCCUACUAUAUGUACAAGCCUUGGGCAGACCCACACAACGCCACAGCAGCCAUGAUCAGCUUCUCUGAUCUGAUAGGUGACACGACCUUCACUGCUCCUGCUGUGGACAUAGCAGACAAAUUAUCAGCAAUAACUAACCUGGAGUUGUUUUUGUAUGUCUUUGAACAUAGGUCAGUGAGUUCCAAUUUCCCACCUUGGAUGGGUGUACCACAUGGUCAGGACAUAUUCUUCUUAUUUGGUUGUCCUGUCGAUGGUCAUCCACGCCAUAAUUAUACUGAGCUAGACAAGAAGGUCAGCUUAGGAUUUAUUGAGAUGUGGUCAAAGUUUGUCUACACUGGACUUGCCACUACAGAACACGCAGGGUAUCGAGUGGACAAAACUUUCUUAAGGAUAGCCAGCAACGAAACGGAUCUACUGAUAACCAAGGGAAACUAUCUCCGUGCAUCUCAUGUCGGGUUUUGGAAUGAGUUAUUUCCCUCUCUAAUCACCCACUCAACAGUAGUUAACAAAAUGAGUAGCGACUUCCGCAUCUGGGUGUUGGUCGCCCUGUGUCUUACGCUGUUUGCACUAUUGGUCAUCGCUGUGGUCUGCUUGUUGCACCGGAGACAGGAUGCUCAGCUGGACAUUGGAGUCACUUUAAGUGCUGAAGACGAUGUGGGGAAAAUUCCGAUGUUGUAAUAUUGCGUCAUGUAUGUAUGUGUGUGUGUGGGGGGGGGGGGGGGGGUUCGUAGCGUCCUUAAAUGUCAAUACAGUUUUUGAAACGCUGCUUUGUAGAUCAUUUAAUUAAUAAUUCAAGGGGAUUCAAUCUUUUAAUUAAUAACUAUAGGUCAUUCAAUAAUUUAAUUUAGAACGAUGUAUAAUAGACUCAGGCCAUUCAAUCAUAUAGGCAUACUGCGUCACUGUAGAGAAUCAGACCCUCAGUUUCUUAAAUGUCCCUUAGAGUCUUUUUUUUUUUCAUAGCAAAAAGAUGUUUAUCUACCUCAUCUUACUCAUCCAUAAUAAGUCCUUGCUUAGGAUUCCACUCCAUGUUCAAGUUUUCAGCGCCACUCAGGGAAAACAUUGCUAACUGCGUUUUAUUUCAAACAGCCCUGAUGAACUUAUUCAAACAGCCCUGGUGAACUUAUUCAAACAGCCCUGGUGAACUUAUUCAAACAGCCCUGGUGAACUUAUUCAAACAGCCCUGGUGAACUUAUUCAAACAGAUACAGUCCUGGUGAAACUGUUCAAAAAUCUGAGUCUAAGGUCACUAUAAGUUCACCAUGCCAGAGUUCAUUAUAUCUAAGUUCACCAUGCCAGAGUUCACUAUAUCUAAGUUCACCAUGCCAGAGUUCACUAUAUCUAAGUUCACCAUGCUAAAGGUCAAUAUAGUUAGCCCCAUAGACUUACUAGAGACUUAAAAUUAAUAGACGUUACUUUAGUUAUAUGAAUAUCACUUGGAAAAUAACAGUACUUGACGCUUAAUUCUAGACUGAUAUUUGUAAUACUUUUAAGACUUGAGCAAGUUCUAUGGACUUGCAAAAAUUAGUCAUUUGUAAGAGAAUACUUGGAUAGGUUUAAAAAAAAUGUUGUUUAGCAUCUUUUGUUUUUCUCGAAAGUUUGUUUAUGUUUUCUUUUUAAAAAAGUCCAAAAUCAAUUUCUGUAUUUCUUGUUGUUAGAAUGUUUUUUGUCCAAAUGACUUGUGACUCAAACUAUGGUUAAUUACAAACGAAACAAAGUUUUCAUUUCGUCCACAAGACGUAAGAGACUGUAACAUCGCAAGUUUGUAUUCUGCUAAACAACUUUGAAAUAAACACACACACAAAAACACCCACGAAAAAAAAGAACAAAUCAAUACAAAGAAACACUUUGACAAAAGAAAUUCUUAUCUCUUACUUAGGAACAAAUACAGCAAGUAGUUUUUUCCAGGAUUCCAUGAGUGUACAAUUAAACAAAACAAUGAUUUGAAGAACGUGUAUGUCUAGAUUUUGGAAUGAUCAUCCAUUUUAAUUCCUACAGUAUGCAUCUCACUCUAUUAUGUUGAAAAUAAUAUUUCCUUUUACACUUUAGAAAGGUUUUUACAUAGAAAAUAUAUUUCCUUUUAGACUUUAGAAAUGUUUUUAUGUAGAAAGUAUAUUUCCUUUUAGACAUGAGAUAAGUUGCAUGGUUAAGGCUGGGACUUCAAUAUACCCCAUGCCAUGAAUGUAGGAGAAUGUAUCGGUUAGGUUUCGAGCCACAUGUAAAGAACUUCACGAAAUGUGCCAAAAUGAAUGAAGACUAGGCGGCUUGAACUAAUGAUCUAGUCUUGCAGUCUGCCAUGUCCCUUGUUGCACUGCUUUGAUGUGCCUAGGAUCUAAUUAAGUUUAGAACCUUUUGUAUUCAUCCCAUA